AUGCCUGCGCCUACUCAGGCGCCGCAGCCGGGGGACACCUGCUCGCAUGACAUAGAGGUGGUCCCCCCGCUGGGUGUCGAUCAACCGGGGGGACCGCCGAAGCUGCAGCAGGGAAUCCGGGAGGUCCAGGUCUCCAUGGCACUGAUGGACGAGUUCCUCAAGUACGCAGCGUCGAACACACGGCGGGGUGUUGAGAGCUGCGGCAUUUUGGCGGGCGUGCUGGAUGAGAAGAACGGGUGCUUCCAGAUCUCCACGCUCAUCAUCCCCAAACAGGAGGGCACAUCCGACACUGCGUUGAACGAGGAGGAGAUAUUUGAGGCCCAGGACAGCCGCUCGCUGUACCCUCUGGGGUGGAUCCACACCCACCCCACCCAGACCUGCUUCCUCUCCUCCAUCGACGUCCACACCCAGUGCGGCUACCAGACGAUGCUGGAGGAGGCGAUAGCGAUAGUCAUGGCGCCACGCGACGCGAGGAAGCGCUGCGGCCUAUUUCGGUUAUCCACCCCCGGGGGUCUUCAACUCGUGCAGAAGUGUCCCGAGCGCGGCUUCCACGCACAUCCCCCAACCCCUACGGGCCAGGCUGUCUAUGAGCUGUGCGGCCACGUGUAUCUCAAUCCAAGGGUACAACAUGACGUGGUAGACCUGCGCUGA